AUGGCAGUCACCAUCAACAAGAUGAUAAAAGACCUCACUAAGAUGGUAGAAACUCUCAUUAAGAUGGUGGAUGCACUGAUCAGCAUGGUGGAUGCCCUCACCAAGACGGUGGAUUCCCACUCCAAGAUGGUGGAUGCCCUCACCAAGAUGGUGGAUGCCCUCACCAAGAUGGUGGAUGCCCUCACCAAGGUGGUGAAUGCCCUCACCAAGAUGGUGGAUGCCCACUCCAAGAUUAUGGUGGAUGCCCUCACCAAGAUGGUGGAUGCCCUCACCAAGAUGGUGGAUGUCGUCACCAAGAUGGUGGAUACUUUCUUCAAGAUGGAGCAUAUUCCACACCCUGCACCCCCUUCCAGACCCUCCACCUACUAUUUCCAUCAUCUAGGAUCCCCAGCCCAGCAACGGCUCCAGUCAUCCCACUGCACAGACACUCUCACACACGCAGACCCCAUGGCUGGCUCGAUGCUCAACCACUCCUGGCCCGCUUUCUCCAAGCUGUGGCUGAAGCGGUGGGCCUUCAAGAGAGGCUCUGAGCCCAAGCCAUGUGUCCAGCCCGUUGACUCUGGAGCUGCACCGUUGGCCACCAAGAGCAGCAGCGGACCCUGGAGGCCUGAGGACCCAGACUUCUUCUGCACCAUGGAGGAUGAGCAGGAUGAUUUCUCAGGGCGGUUCAGCAAGAGCACGGAGGACCUUAGCCUGGACUUGGGGGCCCUUCAGGGCAGCGUGUAUCUCCAGGACCUGGACUUUGAGGCCCCUUCCCACAGCCAGCCUGGGGGCGCCAAGGACAGUGGCCCCCCUAGCAAAGAAGCUGGAGGAGAUUCGCCCUUCUCUAACUCAGCAGGGUCCCAGGGCCUGCCACGGAGGCGCAGCUGGGAAAGGUCGCGGAGCUGUUCAGAGAGCUGGAGGAGACUCAGCCUGGAUGCCUCAGCUAUGGAUGAGGGACCCUGUCUCCCUCGGACACUGGCUAGCCUUGCUCUGAACCUGCCGGGAGAGGGGCUAAAGACUUGGACCCAAGGGUGUCCAUCUGGGGAUGGGACCCCUGCAGAGCACCCAGGCAAGGAAACCGACAAGCCCGAGAAAAGAGUGAGGUCCCGGUCAGUCCCCCUGUCCUUUGAUGAGAUCAACUCCCUGAAAAUCGCUCCGACUCUGGAAGUGCCCAGUCCGCCUGUUCAAGGCCUGGAGCCACCGGUGCUGGAGUGCAUGGAAAAAGACCAUGUGGAGCCGGACCAUGUGCUGAUUGUCCAGCAGGUGCUUCAAGAACUUCGGCAGUACCAUGGGGCCCGUCAAAGGGCUCGUAUGUCAGCCAGCCCUGGAGGAGCCCACUCGAAUCUCACCUGGUUUGAGUUCCUGUCCGAGAGCGAGGACGGUGCCGGCAAGAACGAAAAGAUUGACAGGAGCACCGGUGUGAAGCGUAGGCUGAGCUAUCUCCGCAGCAGAGUCACCAGGCAGAAGGAGAAGGGGAAGAGCCCAGUGAAUCUAAAGGACAAAGGUCAGGAUGCUCGAGAGAAGCGGGAGUGUACCAACGGUCACCUUCUGGUGCAAGGAACCUUCUCCAGUCACUCCAGCUGCCCCCUGUGUGGCAAACCCUUCCUGAGCUCCGCUUUGGCCGUGGCAAGAAUCCUCCUGCAAGAUCUGGACUUAGGCAAUGUACGAGUGUUAGUUUGCGAGCGCUGCUGUGACACGGACUCCACCUCCUCAGCCCUGCUAAUCACCCAGGCCUCCGUCGACCCCACGAAACGCCUGUCCCCUCCCCUGACCCCACAACCCCCAGCCCCGGCGAUACGCAGGCCUCUGUUGACCCCACCUAAAAAACGCCGCCCAACCCCAUUGGCCCGCCUCUCAGGGGUCGUCCUCACUCUCACCACUAGGGCCCUCCCCCUUCAGUCCCCACGGCCCCGACUCGGCGGAGCCCACCACGCCCACACCCGCCGUUCAAGGAUCAGCCGGAUUCAGGGGCCCUCCCCCUUCAGUCCCCACGGCCCCGACUCGGCGGAGCCCACCACGCCCACACCCGCCGUUCAAGGAUCAGCCGGAUUCAGGGUACCAGGAGCAGGGAACGACCCCGCCUCGAGGCCACGCCCCUUCCUGGCCACGCCCUCUGACCCGCCUCGGGGCGGGGUCGCGCAUGCGCCGCUCGCCCCGCGCCGCUUCCCGCUUCCGGCCGGGUGCUGUGGGUGCCUGUGGAUCCGGGGAGGCCGGGCGGAGGCGGUGGCGGCGGCGAGAGUGGCCGAGGAGCGAGCGGAGAGCGGCCUGCGGGGCGACCGGGCCGAGGUGAGGGCGGCGGGGCGGUCCCGAGGAGAACGGGGCCCGGGAGGGAGGCCUUAG